AUGGCACCUAAGAGAAAGGAAGCUCCAGUGACUGGUCAGCUCUUGAUUCCCGUUGCAGAAUUCAAGAAGACUCGCGACUCGGUCAUUUCCUCUCUCCACGACCUUCAGAAUGGCCUCGUCAACGUUCAGCACGGCAUUACCAGUCUCUUGGAUAGCUAUAGAAAGCACUGCCAUACAGUCCUCGGCUACGAAGAGGGCGAGGCGGCGCCUUACAGCAACGAUAUCUCUGCACUCGGCGCUGCCGCCUCUGCCGCAUCCGUCCUCGAAGCUGGCCAGAAAGCCAUUGAAGAAGUAACUCAGGGCCUUGGCGACAAGGCGGGUGACGCGAGCAAGAGUAAGAAGCGCAAGCGCGAGAAGAAGGAGAGGGACCCCAAUGCGCCCAAGAAGCCGCUCACUGCUGCCUUCUUGUACCACCAACAUGCGCGUCCCAUCGUCAAGGCCGAUCUUGAGGCCGCGCUUCCUCCUGGUGGCCAGAUCGAGAAGAAUGCUGUCCAAAUCGAGGUGAACAAGCGCUGGAACGAGCUCUCUGAGGAGGAGAAGGAGCAAUGGAAGGCGUCUUACCGCAACUCUAUGGAAGAGUACAAGACCGCGCUAGCUGCAUACGUUGCCAACAAGGGCAUCAAGGACGCUGAGCUUAUCGAAGAGGACGACGCUUCUGAUGAGGCCGAGCCCGAAAUCGAGGCUGAAGUUGGCGUUGCCGACUCUGACGUAUCCUCUGAAGACGAGGACGAGGCACCAGCUGCCAAAGCUCCCUCUCCACCCGCAAAAACUCCACGCAAGCGCCAGAAGACGACUCCAGCUGUCAAUGGCAACUCAAUCCCCGUCUCCAUCGCUCCCGCCAAUACCGCUUCAACUCCAGUCCCACUCCCGACCUCACGCACAGCUCCCCAAGCUGCAGCCCCUGCCUCCAACGCUGUCGCCGAGACGCCUGCUAAGAAGGACAAGAAGAAGAAAGACAAGGCCGCACCACAGCCCAUUGCCCCUGCCCCAGCAACCUCACCUGACGAGCCCAGCCCUGAAGAGACCGGCGGCAAGAAGAAGACCAAGUCCGGCCGUAGUACACGCAACAACGAGACCGAGGGCGACAAGGAGAAUGCAGCACAGGAGAAGGAAAAGGCCGAGAAAGCUGGCAAGGAGAAGAAGCGCGAUCGUAGCAAGAGGAAGAGCGAGGUUGCUUCUACCUAG